AUGGCUGUUUCAACAGAUGAACAAACAAUAAAAUCGGCUUUAUUUGAAAUCGGCCCACUUGCUGCAAGUCUUUUUGCGUCCAACGAUUUCCGCUACAAUUACACAGAAGAUUCUGGUGUGUAUCGAGAUGAUCCGUGCUCAGAUCAAAAAGUCAAUCAUGCAGUCUUAUUAGUAGGAUAUGGUGUUGAUGAAAAAGAAGGCCCGUUUUGGCUCAUCAAGAACUCAUGGGGAGUCGAAUGGGGAGAGCGAGGAUACGUGAGACUUGAGAGAUCGUCACGUAAUGUCGCUUGUCUGAUGAGUGAACAACCAAUUUACCCAAUAGUUGCUGCCCCGGCCCAU